GCAUGCAGCCAACAGACAGGAAAGGAAAAAGUUGUGAAAUAGCCAGAGGGACGGGCAGGGAGAAAGAGGUACUGGGGCUCUGCUGAGGAGGAACAAGAACAGCAGCUUUUCCUCCAGUCCGUCUGUCUCUCUACGUAAUUGUCUGUCUUUCUGUUUGUCCCCCGUACCCUCACCCCCACACAAACUCCACCCACCCACCUCUCCUCUCUAAUUGUCUCUCCUCCUGGCCGGCGCUGCAAUGUGGCUGUCUCUGCAGUGAAAGUGCUUGCUGGCGGAUUCUCCUUGAGUGAACCCUGACUGUGCGCAGUGAGCGCUUGCCGCUCCACCGUCAUCCUGUCCACACUGACUCAGCUGUGCAAGCAGCACUACUGGCUGCAGAGGCAGUCUCUUCCACAGGAGUGCUGCCGGGGCUGGCAACCAGGCUCACUAUAUCUCCAGGAACGCUGCAGGUGCAACACUGGGACGUGCCUCAUUUGGGGUUCACACACCCAGACAGCUGCUUCCAGAUUUAAUCCAGUGUAGCAGAGAAGCCACGCUGUGCUAAGGGAUAUUCUACUAGCUCUCCUGAACCCGGGCUGGAUCUUGCAGCACUAUUUGUUUUGGAGCAGAUCUGGCUGCCAUGGAGGUCCGGCGUGUUGGGGUCGAACCCCUGAGGCCGGGCCCUCCACACAUAGCCGUCGGCCUGAUCUUCUCCGUGCUGUUUGGUGUGUGGUCUGCUCAGGGCCUUGAGAUGUCUGUGGGGAAGGUUCUCUCCCUCGAGGCAGUGAAUGGUAGCACAGUCAUGUUGCCUUGCACAUACUCGAGUUGUAUUGGCAUCCACAACCUCUACUUCAACUGGCAGUUUAAUGACAACGGCACCAUGCACAAGGUGUGUGAGUCAGUGAUAGCGUCAGAGGGGGUGGAGCCAGAAGUGAGUAUAUACCGAGAACGGGUGGAGUUUGUGGGGAAGAACCGUAACAACAACAUCUCCAUCUUGCUGUGGAACAUCACCUUUGAGGACGGAGGCCAGUACACUUGUUUUGGACGCAACCCAAAAGAGAAGGACAAGAACCACAGUGCCACCUUCACCCUAAUUGUGGUGGACGAGUUGAGGGUGGUGGACAACACACUGACCAUCAUCAUUGCCUCAGCUGUAGGCGGAGCCAUUGCAUUGUUGAUGGGCUUCAUGUUGCUCAAGAACUUCACUCUCUUUGUUCUUGCCAAGCUUGAGGAGAAAAAUAAGGAGUGCCUUGUAACUUCAUCAGGGAUUGACAACACAGAAAAUGGCCUCUCAGGAUCCAAAGCUGAUUCAAAACCGACACCAAAAAAGAAAUGAGAAGGUGCAUGUAUAUAAAAAACAGGAGUGCUCAUAUUUAUAUACCUUCUUUGCAUAUAUUUGUAUAUGCACAUGUGUUUGGACACAUGCAAAUCCAUUUUUGUUGAAGCUGGAAUCUCAAAAACUCUGCCUAGCUGUGGGAAUAUAUAUCUAUGUGCACACAAUACUACCACAUGUGCACGGAGCAGUAAGUGUGCAGAUGAUAUACAACUAAAGAAUGCACACAUAAUUAUUUAAAAUGUGCACAUAAUUUACUAAUUUACAUUUAAAGGAUAAGUGUUCCUGCCAGAAACACUGCAACUUGACUUAUUUAGGAUUAAUAUUGUAUCUUAUGUGGCACAGAAAUCAGGUGGCCUGCAUAGUUUAAUUAAGUGAAGGCUUGUUUAUAAUCAGUAAACCAUGUGUCUCUGGUCGAUGGUUUCUUUUUGAACUCAUUAGAUGAAAACCAAAUUAUAUGCACAUUUUAUUAAAUUAUGGGAAUGUUUUAUUUAUAGUAUUGAUUACUAAAAUGGGUAACACAGUUGAAUGUCAUUGCACAGCUGUGCACUGUUUAAAGUACUUUGUUGCCAUGAUAUAUCAGUUGUCUGUUGCCACAGCCAGAGUACAUUAAAUUACUAAUCUUUGUUUAAGUGCUUGAAAGAGGAAAAUAAUGCAGUGGGCUGAAUCCUUCAACUAACAACAAAUUCACAGUAGUCCUUCAGUGACAUGGUGAACUUAAUCAAAGUCAGUAUUUGAUUUUGAAAUUACAGUAACGUCCUAUAAUUUCAAGCCGUUUCAUUUGACAGAUCUAUUGAUCCAUUUGUAGCUACUUUCCAGAAAAAAAAACACCCACUAAAUGUUCUGAUUUAUUGAAACAGCUGUAGUAAAACAAAGGGUGAUUUAAGAACUACUAGCACAAAUGGCUGCAUUGGCUAAAUACUGUAGGAUUCAGUCCAGUUCUUCAUCUUGUACCUUCUCUUUGCUUGAUAUAAACACAGGUGCCUGUUAGUGCUUCUAUGCUCCUCUGCCAGCGAGGACGACUACAUAUUGCAACACAGUUUAUAAAACUCUGCAGACAGUAAUAAUACAAUAAGCUUCUGAACUGAAAUGAUAGACAAUCCCUUGAACCCACCACCCCCACCGCCACCCUCUAGAAAAAAAAAGAAUGACCCUCUGAUGAUGCUGCUUUUAAGAAAAAUAAUCAAUGCAUUUUUAGCAUGUGCAACAUGGGGCAGAUUUUAGACACAGUGCUUGAAAACAGACAUGCAUACUUUCUGGAAAAACAUGUUCUAAUAUAUUAACAUUGGUAGCGUCAGCGCUGAGGUUAACUGUUAAUCCCAUUUUAUGCCAUGCUACUUUCAUUGUGCUAACCCUGGCUAAGGCUAAGCACUAAUUGGUGAUAUGGACCUGGAUUCUGUAUGCCUGGAUCAGGCUCUACAUAUUCCCUUUGCUUAGUAUGUGCCUCUUCAUGGAAAUGGCUUGUCUUUCCUGAGCACUGACAAACGUGCAUUUGGUCUGUGUUUUACUCUCCUUUAAAUAAGUAAUUUCUACCUGCUGCACUGCAGUGAAAAAGCUAAACCUGGUUGCCCUGCCCAUCCAUACAGUAACUGAUCCAUAAAUUCAUAGUUAUAUGGUCAUGGGCUCAGGUCUCAGACAGCAGGCAAGAGUAGGGGGGCUGUAGUUCAGGUAUAAUCCCUGCUCAAGCAGGAAAUAAAGAGAAGUGAUGCUCUCAGUGUAGCCACUGACUGUGCCAAACAGGAAAGAUUCCCACUGAGUGUCACAACAGGAGAUGAAUGUAUCAAACUUCAAACAGUGAAAUGUAAUUUUAAGCUGUAUUUACAAUCUACAUCAGUUGCACAUUCGAGACACUGAAUGUCUGGCUUUAAAAAGAAAUACCUCUGGAGAGAUGUGUGGGUAAACACUGUGUCAGGUCAGAUAUAAAUGUACCUCCCCAGUCGCAACAGGUGUUAAAUGAAGUGUACUGUACAGUAAAGUGUGAAUUUCAAUAAUAAUGUGCCUCCAGUCUUUAAUCACUGGUUUGAAGCAAUAUAUUAAAAUGGGAGUGUGCUGGGCACUUUAAAAAGUUGUAUAUGUUUUUUGUACGUUUUAUUCCAAAUCAGUGUUGGUUUGUUGCAUUGUUCAUCCAAAUGAGAUGAAGAGAAACCAAACAGUAAACAUGAGGAAAGAGUAAGACGCUCAGGUUUCUUAGGGUCCCAUGAAAUGAUGUUGUCAGUUACUCUAUGUGAUGUGUUUGUUGUUGAAACAGUGUUAGAUGGCGAGGGAUCAAUCAAUUUCCAGUCUUUAUGCUAAGUCUAAGCUAACUGUCUCCUGGCUGUAGCUUUUUAUGCAGCAUACAGCCCCAUGAGAAGUGUCAAUCUUCUCGUCUAACUCUAGGUGAUGAAAGCGAAUAAAUGUAUUUCCCAAAACUAAAUAUAAACCAGUGGACCAUUAGUUAUGAACAGAAGGACUGAUUUGGUAGGAUUGGCUGAAAGGCAAAAGAAAAACAACUUUUAACAAUUUCAUCAUCUCAUUUCAUGGGAUCUUUUAGAAAGAUAUUGCAGGUACACAAGGUGCAAAAAAUAUGGGUAAUAUACAUUUGUCAUAUGUGUGUUAUUUUGCUUUAAAGAGAAAAUCCACCCUUGAGCAGGGCUAUGAAUUGUAUUAUCAAGAAAUCUGGUCUUAACUUUUAGGCUGUUGUUGUGACUUUGGAACAAUGAGGACACAUUUUUUGCAGGAUCAUAAAAUCAGAUAGUUUAAAUGCAAUAAUUUAAUUUAGCUGUGAAGAGUGGGUUUUCUCUGACUAAUCUUUUGCCAGUUGUUGUCUAAUUAGUGAAAAGGUGAUUUGUUUAAGUCACCAUCUCACUGAAUCAAUCAAAACUUUAGGCUCAUGUUGAGACUGUCAGUGAGGACUUUAUGAUGACAAGCACCUCUAUGCAAAUCACAACAGAAGUGAAUCACAGUGUCACCUUUGAGUUACCAUCACAGUUCUGUAAGCAAUACAACUGUGGGAGAUGUCCUGGAUCAGGGAGUUGUGAUGAUGAGACGCAGGGUGAAUGGGGAGCAUCAAGAGAGGAGCACAGGGUGGACUGGAGCCCCUGUACUCGUUCAGGCCCUGCAGAGCGUGUAGACUCACCAAGUCAUACUCCACUGCUGCUCUUUGCACACAAAUACUGUAUACAGCUAUAAUGCUCUGGCUUGCCUUCUAAUGAUGUUCCCGUGUUCAACCUGACAUUCAUGCAUAUCAGCUCUUGAUCUCUUUAUUAUAGAAAUAUGAAAUCUAAUAAAGGUUUUGAAUAAAAUCUGUCCUGUCUUGCUGUUUACGUCUGAAGGAGUACAACAGUAGAUCUUUGACAGCACUGCCUCCUGUUGGGCAGAUGGAGGAAGAGCAGAGAAAUAAUGGAGAUUUAAAAAAGGGCCAUUUCACUGAUAUUGACAUGCAAAGAUCAGUUUUCUAGUCAUUGGAUGUACUACUGUGAGGUGAAGUACAGACUGUGAGAGUAGUUGUAUGAAAAUGUGGCUGUGGAGGACUUCUGGAGUUUGACCAACAACUAAAAGUCAGGAUAUGUAUCUUCCUUUAUAAAUCUCUCUAACCAACACUGAAGUAUCCCUACAGUGUAAUAAAUCCUUAUUCAUGAAAUUAAA